UAAAACCGGCAACUAAAUAAAAUAUUUAUACUAAGAACGCUAAGCUUAAAAUAGAUUGUCACUGAAUAUUUUAUAAAGCUUCAAUUCACAACAAAAAUUUGUAGAGUCUUGUUGAUUUGCUUAUCAUAUUUGCGCUAGCGCAAGUUGCUUUCAGCUAACUUCUGACAUUGAAUGACCUUGUAUCUGUAUAUUAUCAGUAAAUUGCCUAGUAUGGGGUAGUCAGUUUUCGGAAAUCAAGUGUUGCAGACGUUGCAAAAUAUACGUUGGUACACAGAGAGCUUAUUAUAAAUUUGAUUUCUUUUGGAUUGUCGUUUAUUAAAAUUGAUAAAUUAAAUAUGUCGACUGUUUCUGUAGUUGCUACAAAACCAUAUGAAGGCCAAAAACCAGGCACUAGCGGAUUACGCAAAAAGGUUAAAGUUUUCACACAACAAAAUUAUACCGAGAACUUCGUGCAGUGUAUUUUGGAUGCCAAUGGUGCAGCCUUAGAAGGAGCCUUGCUUGUAGUGGGUGGUGAUGGCCGCUACUAUUGCAAGGAGGCUGCAGAACUCAUUAUUCGAAUGUGUGCUGCUAAUGGGGUUGCAAAAUUGUUGGUUGGACAAAACGGUAUACUUUCGACUCCAGCUGUUUCAAGCUUAAUUCGUAAGCAUAAAGCUUUAGGUGGCAUAGUAUUGACAGCUUCCCAUAAUCCCGGCGGUCCCGAGAACGAUUUUGGAAUUAAAUUCAAUUGUGAAAAUGGUGGACCCGCACCAGAUGCUGUAACCAAUAACAUCUAUCAACUCUCCACUGCCAUCAAGGAGUACAAAAUAGUCAAUGGCCUAGAAAUUGACAUAAGUAAAAUAGGCACUAACAAAUAUGAAAUUAAUGGCAAACCUUAUGUUGUUGAGGUCAUCGAUUCGGUGGCCAAUUAUGUGGCGCACAUGAAAGAGAUUUUCGAUUUUGAAAAAUUGCGUGACUUUGUUAGCGGAAAGACAUCAGGCAAGCCCCUAAAAAUGCGCAUAGAUUCGUUGAACGGCGUUACUGGCUCAUAUGUGCGUGAGAUAUUUCUGAACGCUUUGGGUGCACCCGAAAAUGGUGUAGUUCACACAACACCGUUACCUGAUUUUGGCGGCUUGCAUCCCGAUCCCAAUUUAACUUACGCCAAGGAUUUGGUGGAAACCGUGGCUCAAGGUGAUUACGAUAUCGGCGCCGCAUUCGAUGGUGAUGGUGAUCGUAACAUGAUCAUCGGCCAUCGCGCUUUCUUUGUAACGCCCAGCGAUUCGUUGGCAGUUAUAGCAAAUAACUUGGAAUGUAUUCCAUACUUCAAGAAAAAUGGUGUACAAGGCUUUGCAAGAAGUAUGCCAACAGCUUCGGCAGUGGAUUUGGUGGGCAAGAAGUUGGGUAAAGAGGUAUUUGAAGUACCCACUGGUUGGAAGUAUUUCGGUAAUCUUAUGGAUGCCGGUCGUCUGUGCUUAUGUGGCGAAGAGAGCUUCGGCACUGGCUCCAAUCAUAUCAGAGAAAAGGAUGGCAUUUGGGCGGUUUUAGCAUGGCUCUCCGUUAUGGAACAUACCGGCAAAGGAAUUGAAGAUAUACUCAAGGCUCAUUGGGCCACCUAUGGUCGUAAUUACUUUACACGUUAUGAUUAUGAGGAAUGUGAAUUGGAACCUUGCAACGAAAUGAUUGCAACUAUGGAGAAAAAUAUUACCGAUUCUUCAUUUGUUGGAAAGAGUUUUACCAGCGGCGACAAAACAUACAAAGUCAAGGUAGCUGAUAACUUCAGCUAUACUGACCCCGUAGACAAGUCUCUAGCCACAAAGCAAGGUUUACGUAUCGUCUUUGAAGACGGCAGUCGUAUUGUGUUCCGUUUAAGUGGCACAGGCAGUUCGGGCGCUACAGUGCGUUUAUAUAUUGAUUCCUACGAGAAGGAUAAUGUGCUCGGUCAAGCUAGCGUAAUGCUGAAACCAUUAAUAGAUAUCGCUUUGGAGAUUUCACAACUGCCAAAAUUCACCGGUCGCAAUGCACCCACUGUCAUUACAUAAGAAAUUUUAGCAACGAAUUAGCAAAGCUAGUUUUGGAGGCUACCUCGUUUUGAAAAGUCUUUGCCUAAAGCGCGUUUCACUAGUUGAUCGUUUUAUUAUGUUUAGAAAACGAAAUUAAUAAGGAUAUAGUUACUACAAUUGGCACCAUUUGUUGGGAUGAAUUAUUUUAAAUAAUAAAAUUUGUAUGUUUGUGUGUUUAUAUAAGCAAUAA